AUGGAGAUUUGGAGUGAGGGCUUCGGCAUCGCGGAGAAGAUCCUGCUGCUCUCCUUCAUCUCCGCCGUCAUCCUCAUGGCCAUCCUGGGCAACCUGCUGGUCAUGGUGGCCGUGUGCCGGGACAGGCAGCUCAGGAAAAUCAAGACCAACUAUUUCAUCGUUUCCCUGGCCUUUGCUGACCUGCUGGUGUCGGUGCUGGUGAUGCCCUUUGGAGCCAUGGAGCUGGUUCAGGACAACUGGAUCUAUGGGGAGAUGUUCUGCCUGGUGAGGACCUCCCUGGACGUGCUGCUGACCACAGCGUCCAUCCUGCACCUCUGCUGCAUCUCCCUGGACAGGUACUAUGCCAUCUGCUGCCAGCCCCUGGUGUACAGGAACAAGAUGACCCCGCUGCGCAUCGCGCUGAUGCUGGGGGGCUGCUGGGUGAUCCCCACCUUCAUCUCCUUCCUCCCCAUCAUGCAGGGCUGGAAUAGCAUUGGCAUCAUUGAUCUGAUCCAGCAAAGGCAGUUCAACAAGGCCUCCAACUCCACCUACUGCAUCUUCAUGGUCAACAAGCCCUACGCCAUCACCUGCUCCGUGGUGGCCUUCUACAUCCCCUUCCUGCUGAUGGUGCUGGCCUACCACCGCAUCUACGUGACGGCGCGGGCGCACGCGCGGCAGAUCCGCCUGCUGCAGCGCGCGGGGAACCCGGCCGAGCCCCGCCAGGGCCCUCAGGAGCCACGGCCAGGCCCUCAGGAGCCACGGCAGGGCCCCCCCGACCAGCACAGCAGCCACCGCAUGAAAACAGAGACCAAAGCUGCCAAGACCCUGUGCAUCAUCAUGGGCUGCUUCUGCCUCUGCUGGGCCCCCUUCUUUGUCACCAACAUCGUGGAUCCCUUCAUUAACUACACGGUGCCCGGCAAGCUGUGGACGGCCUUCCUGUGGCUGGGCUACAUCAACUCGGGCUUGAACCCUUUCCUCUACGCCUUCCUCAACAAGGCUUUCAGACGUGCCUUCCUCAUCAUCCUGUGCUGCGGCGACGAGCGCUACCGAAGGCCUUCCAUCCUGGGCCAGACCGUGCCCUGCUCCACCACCACCAUCAACGGCUCCACGCACGUGCUGAGGUACACGGUUUUACACAACGGGCACCACCAGCAACAGGAGAAGCUUCCCAUCCACACCGACCCUGAGUCCCAGGAGUCCUGUUUCUAGUCCUGGCCCAGCAGAGGAGGAACAGAGGCCUUUUAGGACAUCCCAAGGAUUCACAGACA